AUGUGCUUCUCUCGCUGCAAUAACAAGAAAACUGCAGUUGAUUUGGCUUCUUUCAUUAGGGAACUUUUUAAAGAAUAUGUUCAUUUGGAAUACCAAAAUAUCAAACUUGAAGGUAUUGUCGAAAUUGAUGAGUCGUUGUUUGGCAAGAAGUGCAAGUAUAACCGUGGAUAUCGACAAAGUGGUGUACGAGUUUGGAUUGUAGGUUUAGUAGAACGAGCUUCCAACAAAUUAGUUUUGUACCCAGUUUCUGAUCGCACGGCAGAAACUCUGGAAACAAUAAUCCAAAGGCACGUGGUGGUAGGUGCCACAAUUUAUACUGAUAGUUGGCGAGGGUAUGAUCAUCUCAAUGAUUUAGGUUACAAUCAUUUUUCGUUGGUACACAAAAUCCAAUUUAAAAAAUCAUACAAGAACGUCGACACCGGGGAAAUUGUAGAGGUCAAUACAAAUACUAUUGAGGGCGCUUGGAAACACGCUAUGGAUCAUUUCAGGAAGAUCAACGGCACAUCCAUUAGCAAUUUUGAAAGUCAUUUAUGUGAAAUUCUGUGGCGCAAUCAUAUGCGAAACGAAAACAAGUAUAGUGCUUUUUUCCACCUUGUCCAGUCUGUGUUCACUUUGGACAAACCACCAGAAUAUUUGUAUACAACACCAUUGUUUGACACCUGGCUCACAGCUUCCCAAAAUAAUCCAAACACUACUAUUUCCCGUAUAGAUGACGAUAUUGAUGUAUCCGGUUCUGAUGAUGACGGUCAGGGUGUAGUAAAUCCAGUUGAGCCUGCAAAAUCUACUGAAACACAUUCAGCAGAAUCAACAAAUCGGCCAGCAUCAUCUGUCGCACACAAAACUCAGUCAUGA